CCAGGUUUUGUGAAAGUUCUUCCAGUGAAUUACGUGCAUUAUUCCGAAUAUACAUACGUGAAUUUAUCCAGGAAAACUAACUUUUGACCGACGAAUAGGUGACUUUAGUGAUACCUGUUUUAAACGACACAUGUUAUUGUAGGUAUUAUUCUGGUGCAUAUUCGGAAAUAGAAAGAAUUAUUAGUCUCAGGAAAAAAAAAAAAUGACGACAAAGAGGAGGAAUCACGGAAGGUCGAAACAUGGGCGCGGCCAUGUGCGCAUUUUGCGCUGCUCCAAUUGUGCCAGAGCUGUGCCCAAGGACAAAGCUAUCAGGAAGUUUGUUAUCCGAAGCAUUGUUGAGGCAGCUGGAGUGCGGGACAUUGCCGAGGCUUCUGUUUAUGAUGGCUAUGUUAUGCCCAAGAUAUUUAUACACUCUGUGUACUGUGUGUCUUGUGCCAUCCAUUCCAAGGUGGUGAGGAACAGGUCCAAGACUGACAGGAAAAAUCGCACUCCUCCUCCCAAGUUUGAUCCCAAAAAGGACAUAGAGAGGAACAAACCAGCCAUCUUGGUCAAGAAGGAAGAUGGUGGAGGAGACACACAGCUGAAUUUUGUCAGGACGCGCUGAUGGCUUAAUCCAAUAUCAUAAUGAUUAAGUUUGCUUCUCUGAGUGUAUUCUUUCAAGCAUAAAAAACACCAGACUGAAGAGAAAAAAAUA